UGCUAGUUGUUCCGCUACAAUGAGGCUCUCAAUUAUGAGACCGCACCUACGCCCAUGCACACGCCUCCCUCACUUUCCCCUCCGCUGCUGCACCGCCACCGUCACUACUCAACCACCGACCCUCGACAACAAGACAGUGAAGAACUUGGAGCGUUUACUCGACCCCAUUGACACCACCACCGCCACCUCCCCUUACCGGUUCAUGCCCGUUCCGGUCAAGCUCGGUGAUAAAUGGAGGGAAUACCAAGGUAUUAGCAACUGGGAGGGCUUGCUCGACCCCCUCGACGACAAUCUACGCAGCGAGAUUCUCCGGUACGGCAAGUUCGUCGAAGCUACGUACAACUCCUUUGACUUCGACCCCUCCUCACCUUCAUACGCCAACUCCCUCUUCACCAGAAGCUCGUUUUUCGAACGAGCUGGGAUUCCUGACACUGGUUACCGUUUGACAAAAUAUCUACGUGCAACGUCGGGUAUCCAGCUGCCACGUUGGAUCGAAAAGGCCCCCAGCUGGGUCGCCACCCAGUCGAGCUGGAUAGGCUAUGUGGCAGUCUGUCAAGACAAAGACGAAAUCGCCAGACUUGGACGCCGAGAUGUGGUCAUUGCCUACAGAGGCACUGCCACAUGCUUGGAAUGGCUCGAGAAUCUCCGAGCCACCCUGACCCACCUUCCAAGUAACAGCUCGGUCGGGUGCGGACCCAUGGUGGAGAGCGGGUUCCUGAGCCUGUACACGUCAGGAAGCGCGGGCUCCCCGAGCCUCCAAGACAUGGUACGUGGGGAAAUCUCCAGAAUCCUCCAAUCCUACGGCGACGAGCCGCUGAGCUUGACCAUCACAGGGCACAGCCUCGGCGCGGCGCUAGCGACGCUCACCGCGUACGACAUCAAGACCACCUUCAAGCGGGCGCCGCUCGUCACCGUCAUAUCCUUCGGCGGUCCACGUGUCGGCAACCGGAGCUUCAGGCUGCAGGUAGAAAAGCAAGGCACCAAAGUCCUACGCAUCGUAAACUCUGACGACCUUAUAACAAAAGUACCAGGUUUCGUGAUCGACGAUGACCAAGACGAAGUGUCGUCGAACAAACGGGAAAAUGUCAACGUGGCCGCUGGGCUUCCCAGCUGGAUCCAGAAAUGCGUGGAGGACACCCAGUGGGUGUACGCCGAGGUAGGGAGGGAGCUACGGCUGAGCAGCAAGGACUCCCCUUACGUCAACGGCUUCAACGUAGCCACGUGUCACGAUCUCAAGACGUACCUCCACCUGGUCGACGGCUUCAUCAGCUCCACGUGUCCGUUCAGAGCCUCCGCUAAAAUGGUGCUCGACAAUUGUCGGAGGAAAAAAAACACCCAGCUCCAGAAAAACAACUCUUAA